AUGAGUCCAAAGGAAUCUACCAACACAAACAUCUUUAAGACAGUUCCUCCUCAACAGUCUAGGCUGAGAAAAUCGUUGGCUGACCAAACAUUUUGCAGCCCCAAGUAUGCUCAACUAAAAGCAAUUUUGGAUGAGGCGCUUGCACGCGCAGCUAUACACAAAGAGCAGCACAAAGAUCUGCUUAGCAAGAUAGAUGUAAUUGUAAAACACUCAAUUGCAUUUCAAGAACAUAACAGCACUCUUACUGAGGAGCUCUGCAUUGCAAAUGAGCACGUAGAGUUCCUACACAACCAACUUCAGCUUCAGAUACAAGUACCUGAUGCUUCAACCUUCACCACCACUACUCUCCUGCCUACAGAGAUUGGACCUGUUGAGCAUUUCUCAGUGGAAGCUUCUGCCCAUGGUCCUGUCACCAUCUCCACACUCUCACCCACCAUGUUUCUGGCUGCUGCCAAGAAGGCAAUGGGAAAGAAACUCAACCAGCCCAAGCUUAGCACUGCUCAAGCUACCUACACCCUUAUGAAAACUCUUGAGAAUAUUGAAGAUCCAACAGUACUGUGUCUUGGACAUUGCGUUCCCCAAAUGCAGCACUCUCUUCCUCCUUGUGCACAACGACUUCAAGGACAAGAUCACCCAGCUCUUCGCAGACAUUGGCAUAUCAUUGCUGAUCUGGUGCAUGCCCACAAACACAUGCAGGAACGCCAACAGCUUGCAUACAAGCUAUACUGCCAAUGUCUUCUUGCUCUCUGCCUUCGCCUCCCUGCCCCACUGGGCAAAAGUGUCAUGAGGCACUUUUGUAUAGUGGAAAGUAGCUCUCUUCGCCUCCCUCCAGUCGGCCUUGAGCAGUAUCUGGAAGACCGAAACCUUCCAUCUGGCCCCCAAGCCAGUGCCAUUGACACUGCCACUGCCAUGGUUAUAGGAUAA